AUGUCGACACAAUCAUACUUCCCCGGAUCUGCUGCAUCACCAGCAAAGAAGAACAGAAUGUCUCUCACACAAACAUAUUACGUCGCCUCCACUGCAAGGAGCAAGCUUGGUCGUGAGGCCUCUCGUGCAGACCACAACCUCAGACUUCUUGUUGGCCAUGCCAACCUUCUCGACACUCUUAUGAUCGAACUCCAGGAUGCAGAGAGAGAGCAAGAGGCUUGGUUCAACGAGUCUAUCAAGACCAGCAAGCCUGACCCUGCCACCCGCCACGUUCAAUGGAUUGACUCUAUCGCUGAGGAGCUUGAAGAGGACUCAUCUGAUGAGGAGAGUGAUGACGAGGACUCAUUCUACGACGAGGAGGACGACUUUGUCCGCGCCACACCAUCAUCAUACUCUGUCGCAACCGUCGAGGUUGACGAUGAUGAGUUCGAGGAGGAUUAUGAGUACGACGACGAGCACGCUCUUACCAGAGUCGACUCUCACCCACCAGAGCUUGUUCACGGUGACUCAGACUCAGAGGACGAGUCAAUGCCACCAUCACCCACACAAGAAGCCAUGGACCUUCAAGAAUCGCAACACGCUCAACCUAUCAAGACAACACCAUACCUGAACAAAAUGGACCACUCAGAUUACCUUGCCGACAACAUUGUCAUCUCGCAACGGCAAUCACCAAUGAUUAGCGCCUACUAG